CAAUGCAGCCGAAAUGCGAGUGCAGUCUCUUUGUGAUAGUGUUAUGGUAGUGAACAACGAUAUGACCACAGUUACGAACAGUACAGAUGCGAACAAUGAUAUGGUCGCUAAAGAGUUAUCGUUCUUAAGAGCACCUGAAUUUGCGAUUCCGAUGGAACCUGAAUCGCAGUUGUCAACACUACAAAUGGCCGUAAACGUGUUGUGCACCACUUACGCGGUCACUAUGCUUGGAACGAUGACACCGAGGGAUGAUAAUAGGAUCGAAUCGGAUAGGCGGACGGCAGUGUCGACAAUGAUGGGUGGAUUUGGAGGCGCGAAUGGAUUUUGUGGAUACGGUAAUGGAUACGUUCGCGUGAAUCGUUUCGAUGGUUAUGGUGGUGGAUGGGGUUAUUCGGCACAUUCACUGGAGGCAAUUCAAUUUCGUGCAUCAAGAGAU